GAAUAAGGGAGACAAUAUGACAGCCAUCACAGGGUUUACCCUACAAGGAUUUCCCACCAGCCCAAGGAUUCAGAUGCUUCUCUUUGAUCUUUUCUCCCUGUUCUAUGUCUUCACUCCGCUGUGGAGCAGGAUAAUCCUGGGGCUCAUCUCACUCGUCUUCAGACUGCAUACCCCCAUGUACUUCUUCCUAUUAUAACUGGCCAUCAUCGACAUCACCUGUGCCUGCAACAUGGUGCCCCAGAUGCUGGUGAACCUCUUGAAUCCGCCAAUCUCCUUUACCGGCUACAUGACUUAGGACUUUCUCUUACUGACAUUUGCUGUCACAGAAUGUCUCCUUCUAGUGGUGAUGUUCUAUGAUCAAUAUGUGGUCAUCUGCCACCCUCUUUGAUAUUCUGCCAUCAUGAGUUGGAGAGUCUGUAUCACCCUAGCUCUAACCUCCUGGACCACUGGAGUUCUUCUAUCUUUGAUUCACCUAGCGUUACUUCUACAUUUACCCUUCUGUAAACCCCAGAAAAUCAAUCACUUUUUCUGUGAAAUUAUGGCAUUUAUCAAACUUGCCUGUGCAUAUACCCACAUCAAUGUGAAUAUGAUCUUGGCCGGUUCCGUUUCUGAGCUUGUGGGACCCCUAUCCUUAAUCGUAGUUUCAUAUAUGUGCAUCUUCUGUGCCAACUUUAGAAUCCAGUCAGGAAGAAAAACCUUCUCCACCUGUUCCUCCCAUCUCUGUGUGGUUGGACUUUUCUAUGACACAGUCAUUAUCAUGUAUGUUGGACCCAGAUAUGAGAACCCUGAGGAGCAGAAGAAAUAUCUCCUGCUGUUUUAUAGUCUUUUCAAUCCCAUGCUCAACCCCCUGACCUUAGGUCUUAGGAACUCAGAAGUGAAGAAUAUCUUGAAGAGAGCACUGGGAACAGAAAGAGCUUCAUGA